AAAUUGGGUGUUCAAAGAUUAAGCCGACAAUUCGAUAGCCCUACCGAAUGAUAAAAAAUCUUUCUGUAACCGAUCGUUGUAGCAAGCACAUGUUUUUUUCUACUAAAACUGACUUGAGAAAAAUAUUGUGAUGUGAGAUGAAGUGUAAAACCAGCAUUUUUUUAAUUGUUUUCAUUUUCGUCGCAUACGUUUUCAUAUGCGAUGCAAAAGUGAAAAAGAAAGUUUCUGCAAAGAAAAUUCGAGCCGAUCAGCCCGGUGCAACGGAGGCUGGUGAUUAUGAAGAUGAAAAUGGAGACGAUAAUGCAGAUUAUGCUGAGGAAAAAACAGAAUCACCAUCGAAAUCAACAACAUUCCAACAGCCUUCUGAAACUUUAAGAACCACUAGGCCUACUGAGCCAUCCGAGGCUCGUGAGGAUGAUGAUGGUGCCGGUGGCACGAAUCAAGAAAAUGCUAGUGAAUCUGACCGCACAAAUCAAAAUAAAGAAGGAGAAACCAACGCAAACGCACAUGUCACAUUAUCAUCGACUAUUGACCAACCAGAACCCUCACUACCUACCUUCACUGAAGUAAAUGUCUCAGAAACUCUUCCCGACAUUUUCAAUCAACCAGGAAAGCAAAAUUCUCGCGAAUCUCAAAAGGAAAUCUACGAUGCUCAGUCAAACUCAUCUCCUCGUUGGCAGGACACAAUCAAUAAUUUAUUAACUACAACAACAGAAUAUUUUUUUCCAAGCCAGCCUACAUCGUCACCAGAUGACGAAAGCGUAGUUGUUCAACCCAGACAAUACCAACCUGAGAGAGGAAGUAACGGAGUACCAAUUCCUGGACCUAGAGGAGAACCUGGACCAACAGGCGAACAAGGACCCCCGGGAAUAGCUGGAAGACCCGGUACUCCUGGAACCCCUGGAAUUCCUGGCAACCCAGGACCGCCUGGUCCAAUUCCUGAUAUAAGUACCUAUUAUCAACAGAUUGCUCAAAUGAGUGGGCGAAACGAGAAAGGACCUCCCGCAGUAGGCAGUUAUCCUCCAGAUGCAUUACACCAUUUGCAAGCUCAAGUUGGUCCACCUGGACCUCGCGGUCCUCCGGGACCUCCAGGCUCACCGGGACCUCAAGGAUUUCAAGGCGUACGAGGAGAACCGGGUGAUGUUGGCCCUGCAGGAGCUAUCGGCGUUUCAGGCCCUAGAGGACUCCCUGGAUUACCAGGAAAAGAUGGUGAAAGAGGAGAAAAUGGUGAAGCAGGUCCUGCUGGCGCUGUUGGACCUCCUGGUCCUAGAGGUCUUCCUGGAAUGCCUGGACUACCAGGAGUAAAAGGACAUCCUGGUAUUCAAGGUGUUCAUGGAGAAAAAGGCGAUCAAGGUGCAUUUGGUGAAAAAGGUUCAAUUGGUCCACCCGGUCCUGUGGGAGGCCCUGGACUUGUGGGACCAGUAGGACCAAGAGGGGAACGAGGUAGGGAUGGUUCGCCUGGCUCGCCUGGUAUUAGAGGAGUUGAUGGAAUAGCAGGAGUUCCUGGUCCACCGGGAGAAAUUGGCAAACCAGGACCACCAGGUUUCCCAGGAUCAAUGGGCAUUAAAGGUGAUCAAGGGAGUGUGGGUCCGAAAGGUAGUCAAGGACCCCAGGGACCUCGAGGAGAACCCGGAAAAUCUGGCCAGCCAGGUGAAGCAGGUCCGCCAGGAAUACCGGGUAAAGAUGGAAUUCCUGGAGAAAAAGGAAGUACUGGAUCUCCUGGCCUUCUAGGCCCAAUUGGUUUUCCAGGACCUAGAGGAGUUCCCGGUGAUUCUGGAAGCCCAGGUUUACCAGGAGCCAAAGGAAUCGAUGGUGCUCCUGGGGAACGAGGGUAUAAAGGUGAAGCAGGAAUGAAAGGAGAAACCGGAGCUAUAGGACUCAGAGGAAUACAAGGAUUAGAAGGUCCUGAAGGGAAAAGAGGGAAACAUGGACCACCUGGACCGCAAGGACCUCCUGGAUUACCCGGUGAAAGAGGUUUACCUGGAGAAAGAGGAUUACCAGGAGCAGACGGACCACCAGGGCAGAAAGGUCAAGCAGGAGAUCGCGGAGCAGAUGGAGCACCAGGCUCUAAAGGCGCUAUUGGAGAUGUCGGCAGAACAGGAAACACCGGACCUCCAGGACCUUCCGGACCUGUCGGACGUACGGGAUCUCCUGGAAAUCCUGGUCCACUAGGAGAACGAGGACUUCCUGGUGCAGAUGGGAAACCUGGAGAGGCUGGCCCAAUUGGAUUGCAAGGAUUGCCUGGACCUAUCGGGCCGCCUGGAGACAAAGGAUUGACUGGUGAACCAGGAAAAGAUGGCGAACCAGGUCCCCCUGGCGUGCCAGGCCCUCGAGGAGAUGCCGGUAAAGAAGGAAGUCCAGGAUUGAUCGGACCACCAGGACCACUGGGAUCACCCGGAGAGCGAGGAUCUGCCGGACCACCAGGAAACCCUGGAUUUCAAGGGUUACCAGGUCCUGCAGGUUUGCCCGGAACUCCAGGUAAAGAUGGCGAGCCAGGAAUUCAGGGACCUACCGGACCUCCUGGAUCUGCAGGUCUUCGAGGUGAACGAGGUUUUCCCGGAGAGCGAGGAUUCCCAGGAACUCCAGGACCUCCUGGACCCAGAGGAGAAACAGGGAUUAUGGGAUCAGAUGGACCACCUGGACCACAAGGGUCUAAAGGUGAUAAGGGUCAUCCAGGAUCUCCAGGAUUAAUGGGUCUACCUGGCACAAAAGGGCCUCCAGGAGCCAUGGGAGAAAAAGGUGAUAAAGGAAAUAUCGGUAUGAUGGGACCGGAAGGUCAAACAGGAAAACAAGGAGAAAGAGGAUUAACAGGUCCACCAGGCCCCCCAGGCGCAACAGGAGAGCCUGGAGAACGAGGAGAAGCUGGGACCCCUGGGCUUCCCGGAGAAACUGGAGCUGCAGGAUCUCCUGGUGAUAGAGGGCCAACUGGCCCAUCAGGUCCGCCAGGUUUUCCUGGAUCUCAAGGUUUGAUAGGUCUUCCUGGAGUUAAGGGUGAACGGGGAAUACCAGGUGCUAAAGGUGAACAAGGAACCUCUGGAUCUGCAGGUUUGCCCGGAGAAGCUGGUCCUCCAGGGCCAAUUGGAAUAGCUGGAGCAAAAGGAAUGCGCGGCGAGUCUGGAAUGAAAGGUGAUAUGGGUUUGAUGGGUCCAGUUGGACGACCUGGCGAGCCUGGACCUCCUGGUCUCCAUGGAUCACCAGGACCUGAAGGAGCAGUUGGUUUACCAGGAACCAAGGGAUCUCCAGGUGAUAUUGGAAAGCCCGGUGCAUUUGGACCUCCUGGUCCGCCAGGAACGCCGGGCACUGAAGGCAUCAAAGGUGAAAUGGGCCGAGAAGGACCCCCGGGACCUGCGGGUAUUGCCGGUCCUUUGGGACCCGCUGGAGAACGUGGGCUCCCUGGACUUCCAGGUCCUCAAGGGUCACUGGGAUUGAGAGGAUUACGAGGAGCGGCAGGCGAACCAGGAUCUCCAGGAAAGCCAGGAAAUGAAGGAACACCAGGGUCUAUGGGACCACCUGGUCCACCUGGACCACUGGGACCAAGAGGGGAAGCUGGCCCCGAAGGAGCUCCUGGUAAACCAGGUUCCCCUGGAAUCGCUGGAAGAGUUGGAGAUAAAGGUCCUCCGGGAGCGCCAGGAAAUGUUGGUCCUACAGGUCCUUCUGGCCCUCCAGGACCGAUGGGACCUUCUGGGUCACCGGGUGCAGCAGGAGAAAGAGGUCCAAAAGGGGAUACUGGUCCGCAUGGAGUUGAAGGACCUCCUGGACCUAGGGGAAAACCAGGGCCACCUGGAACAGAUGGCGCUAAAGGUGACAAAGGAGAGGAUGGAAAUCCAGGUGCUAAAGGCCAUCAAGGUUUGAUGGGAUUGCAAGGAUUGCCUGGUCUUCAAGGUCCAUCUGGUGAAAAAGGUGCUCCCGGUGUACCUGGACAUCCGGGCAAAGAUGGUGAACCUGGUUCAAGAGGGCCUCCCGGUAACGAUGGUUCAAUGGGACCUGCAGGAAUUCAAGGUCCAGCAGGAAUGCGAGGUUUGCAAGGGGAAUCAGGACAUCCAGGAAGUCGCGGAGAUCCAGGCCCUCCGGGACCUCCAGGUCCACCAGGAGAAACAUUACAGUAUGAUAUCGCCGCUUUAAUGACCGCUUUAAAUCAAGGACGAAACAAGGGUCCGAGUGAUUCUCCCAGUGGUGACGACCCCAGCAUGAGAAUUUUCCCUCAACAUAUGAGUGAUCAAGAGAGAAAUGAAUUCAUACAAAAAGCGUACGAAAAACUCAAAAUUUCUUACGAAAGGUUCAAAAAACCGGAUGGUAAACAAGAUUAUCCUGCUCGGACAUGCCGCGACUUGGCUGUGGCGCAUCCUGAUUUUGAAAAUGGUGAUUAUUGGAUUGAUCCAAAUGAAGGCGAUAUCAAAGACGCCAUUUUAGUGUAUUGUGAUAUAAAAAAACGCACUACUUGCAUACGUUCUCAACCGAUUCGUUCUGAAAUCAUGAAUAUUCUAUCUGAUGAACCAGAAAUAUGGCUUGGCGACCAUAAUCCAGGAUUCAAGAUCUCCUAUAAGGCAGAUAGUAAUCAAAUUGGAUUCUUGCAACUGUUGUCCAUUUCUGCUACUCAAAACAUCACGUACCAUUGUAAAAAUUCUGUUGGGUAUUAUGAUGCUGCCAGUAAUACCUAUAAAAAAGGUUUGAAACUAUUAGGGUGGAAUGAUGUUGAAAUAACUCCUCGCGGUAAUCGAAAACUUCGAUACAUUUCUAAUGAAGACGGAUGCAAACAUAAAACGAAUGACUGGGCCUUCACAGUUGUCAACUAUUCGACUGAAAAAUCCGCUCGACUUCCUUUCACGGAUAUUGCUGUUCGAGACAUCGGAAAACCAGAACAAAGUUUUUUCGUGGAAAUUGGGCCCGUUUGUUUUUCUUAAUGUAAAGCAGUGCAGCCUUCAUUUUAAACGUUAUUUAUCCAAUCAACGAUGCCAAACAAAUAAAUUCAGUUAUUUUCACCUAAGAAAUCAAAAAUAUAUGUAUGUGAUGUUAGUGGUAA